GGGGGGGGCACAUGCUUUAGUAAUAAGACCAGGAACUAAACAAGAUCUAGUAAUCGACAACAGCUUUCUCGCACCAAUUUCAAUCCCCUGGGGACUAAUUAGCUGAAUAUUCGAUCGGCGAAUAAAUAGGCAUCUACAUUUUUUCUUCUUAUUUUUGUCUUCGCACCUGUGUGUUGUUCCAUGAUAUGAAUUGCGGGGGUUGGACAAGAGUCAUCUUGAGUCAUACUGUCGUGAAAUAUAUCAAUCUAUCAUUUUUUUGCACCCUGAGGCGUUUAUGAUUAUAUAUACUGAGGGCCAGCACCCCGCUGAACGACAAGAGAGCUGCGAUAUCAAACAAUACAACAAUACCAAGUAGAAAACACUCCAAUACGCCAUCCUCAUACCAGGCCCAUACCCAAUAUUGGUUAUAAAUUUCUGCUGACGUAACCCGCCGUCCCUCCUCCUCUCGGAGACUCUUCAAAUCGAACGCCGCAUCUGAUGAACAUCUCUCAUCCUCUCCUCCUCAUCCCGCGAGCAUCGAGGGCCCCCAGCGAUAAACAACCUACGGCGCAGUGCCUAUAGCUGCAAUAACCCCAAGCCGAGUCUCCUCUGCUCCCCUCGUCGAAUCUAAGAACCACGACGAGACCAAGAAGAAAAAAAAGCGGGCAGAGAAAUUCAUUCCUAGUUAACUAGUUUGCCCCUCAUCGACCCCUCCCUCUUCUUCUUCCUCUCGACUCUGUACUCCACGUCACAAAACACUACCCGGCAAAAAAAAAACCAAAGCAUAAAGAAUUUUCUUUUUAUUUAAAAGAAUUCACAACCAAAAACAAACGACAACGAGAAAUACCACAUACAUCGUUACCUAGUUAUACUAUACUCCAUCCGUCUCCUCCCCGCACCCACACCCCGCCGCACCGAAUCGAAUCCUUCUACCGCACAACAGAAAAUUAACAAAAGAGAAGACAGAGAAAGAAGAAAAUACAUUUAUACGCUUUCCGGGAAAUAGAAUACAUAGAGAGGAAAAAGAAAAAAUCAUAAAUAGAACCAAAGGAAAUUAAGGAUCUGUUUGAAAUAAAUCAUGGCGGUUCGCGCUCGAUUUGAGAACUCGAAUGAGGUCGGUGUGUUCGCGACAUUGACGAAUUCAUACGCAUUGGUGGCGAUCGGCUCGUCAGAGAACUUUUACAGCAUUUUCGAAGCAGAGUUGCAAGAUGUCAUCCCGAUAUGUCAUGCUACCAUCGCCGGUACGAGGAUUGUUGGACGGUUAACAGCUGGUAACCGCAAAGGCCUUCUCGUCCCCACGUCGACCACAGAUCAAGAACUCCAACACCUGCGCAACUCCCUCCCAGACGCUGUCAAAAUCCAACGGAUAGAAGAGCGAUUAACAGCCCUCGGGAACGUGAUAUGUUGCAAUGACCACGUAGCCCUCGUCCAUCCCGAUCUAGAGCGGGAAACUGAAGAAAUCAUCGCCGACGUCCUCGGCGUCGAAGUCUUCCGCCAAACCAUCGCCGACAACGUCCUCACAGGCUCCUACAUGUCCCUCUCCAACCAAGGCGGCCUCGUCCACCCAAAAACCUCCAUCCAAGACCAAGACGAGCUCUCUUCGCUGCUGCAAGUGCCACUCGUUGCGGGCAGCGUGAACCGCGGCUCCCCCGUCGUUGGUGCCGGGAUGGUCGUCAACGACUGGCUGGCCGUGAUGGGCCUGGAUACGACGGCGACGGAGCUGAGCGUUGUGGAGAGUGUGUUUAAGUUGGGCGAAGGGGCGGCGCCCGGGGGUGGCGGGAAGAGUUCACUGGGGGCGUUUGGGAAUACGCAUAAAGAGAGUUUGGUGGAGAGUUUUUAUUGAGUUUUGUUUCGUUUUUCUGGAGGGAGGGAGGCUUGUGGCGGUUUCGCCCCGUUUUUAUGUCCACGCACGCAUUGUUUUUUCCCCCUGUAACUCUGGGUUUUUGAGAGGACUUUGUUAACUCGAGGAACUGAUAGAUUUGGAAUGGGUCUUUUUUUUUUUUUUUUUCUCUUCUUUACUUUUUCUUUCUAUUAUGGUUCCGCUUUUCAUGUGUCUCGUGUGCAAUGUAUACAUUCAUAGGCAUGGCCUGCUUCAGGCUGGAGGCGGGUUCUUGUAAAGUUGUAAAGGAAAGGAAAGGAAAGGAAAGGAAUUUAUUUCUAUUUCAUUUCCCUUCUUCCUGUCGUCCGUAGCAACCAACCGGCUCUGAGGCUGCUUGCUGUUGCUGUCACUUCUUCCGCUUCCGCUUCCUCUCUGCGGCAAGGAAUGCAUGUGCGACAUAUACAUUCCGCAUGGCGAGCGAUAUAUAUACACAUCUUGAUUUUUGGAAACAUAUUUUUAUUGAUUUGUAAUAUCAGCGUGGGAAAAUUUACAGUGUGAUUGUUUCUUGGUAUUAUUUCCUUCGCGGAGCGCUGGUUCAAAGAUACACAAUAAGUUACAUAACUAUACUAAAAGUAGAAGGAAGGACUAAGAAACACAACGUGUGCAUUUGAUUCUCUGAAAUUUACGGUUUGGACGGAAGGUGAGAUAGGGGUUCUACUUUGCUGUUAUCAAUGGCUUGUGGAUUUGGAUUAGAUCUUGAA